UGUGGUUUUGGCGGAAAAUUGAUUGUUUUGAGGACACAAAAAUUGUAAAAAAUGGAUUUCCCAAAGAAAAGUAAAAUUAAAGUGCUUAAGAGUCCUGACGAACAAUCUUUGGAUACAUUAUUACCACACAAUUGUUUAUUCUACAUUCUUCCACCUAUGAUCGAUGUUAGUUUAAAAGAUUUCGAAGAUUUAGCUAUUGAAAGAUUAAAACUUCUUCGUAUUUUGGAGCAAGCGGGAGUGAAACAUCCCAAAAUUUUAUCAGAUGAAUGGAAGGAACAUGUCAUUAAUGAAUUGAACAUUGCUGGAUUGAAAUAUUUCGUUAGAUUGUUGCGAGGAAAUGGAAAUACUGAACAGGAUAUGAACGCUCGUCGUCGUGAUUAUUUGUCACAUUUUAUUCUUAGAUUUGCAUAUUGUCGAAGUGAAGAUUUAAGAAGAUGGUUCAUUGCUCGAGAAAUGGAAUUGUUUCGGUUUAAAUUCAGUUCACUCAGCUCUAAAGAAGUCAAAGAAUAUGUUGAACUUUAUGAGAUGGGCUAUCGACCUAUAAGCGAAGAUCAAAAACAAGAAGUUCGUCAAGAGUUGCAAAGCUCAGUUUUACAUAACAUCGACGGAAUUGAUUUCUACAAAGUGAGCUUUUUAGCUGUUCUUGAUCUUGUUCGACAACGAAAAUGCUUCUUAAAGAAUGGAUUUGCUUAUGUCAGUUCCAUGGAUUUUAGCAUUGGCGUGACUCUUGAAGAUUCGCUUCGAUUUUGGCGUGAAGAAUUCACGAAGACAAUCGAACCAGAUAAGUUUGAUAAAAGUUACGCUUAUGGAAUUCGUUAUAAUUACGGAAAAGAAGGUUCACGCACAAAUUGGUCGCCUCAUUCUUGUAUGAAAGUUAUCAACACACAAGGAACAUCGCAAGAUGCUUGUGGAUGUCCUUUCAAACUUUGGGAUGCCAGUGAACUGCGAACGAGAUUAGUUAACUAUGGAAUAAAUCCAGUGAAUGUACAAGAUGUCAUUAGCUUAGCAACGAAAGGUCAUUUUCAGAUUGCAUGCAGUCGCUACUUUGAACUCACACACAACACGAAGCUCGAUGAAGGAAUCAGUCAUCCGAAUGGAUAUUUUGAGAACAGUCAAAUUUUAAUGGAAAAUCGUGAACCUAAAUCAAAAACGCCGCAAAUGUCUCAACAAAAUCAACGUCGGCAACAUGCAAUGACACAACAGCAAAACUUCAAACGUAAACUUGAAGCUCGUGUUAAAGCUGAACAUGAUUACGAUGAAGAGUUGUGGAAGUUAUCGGAACAGGAAGAACAACGAAUGGCUGAAUUGAAAUCAAAAGAAAAAGCACAAAUUGAAAUGGAACUUUCACAACUUGAAUCAAUGGAUUGGGAUGAUGAUGAUGAUAAUGUAAAAGAAUUAAGUGAUUUAAUGUAA